AUGGCGAACAGUGAGGAGUGCUGCUCUACUCAGCUUAUUGAUGGGGAUGGUACAUUCAAUGCCACUGGAAUUGACCGUUUAAUCAAGGAGGUUAAAUUGGGCGAAUGUGGACUUUCCUAUGCCAUUGUCUCCAUUAUGGGUCCACAAAGUAGUGGAAAGAGCACACUAUUAAAUAAUCUAUUUGCGACCAAUUUUAGAGAGAUGGACGCUUUUAGAGGAAGGUCUCAAACAACAAAAGGUAUUUGGUUGGCAAAAUGUGCCGGUAUUGAACCUUGUACUCUUGUCAUGGAUUUAGAGGGUACAGAUGGAAGAGAACGAGGAGAGGAUGAUACAGCAUUCGAGAAGCAGAGUGCCCUCUUUGCUCUUGCUGUUUCAGAUAUUGUGCUCAUAAACAUGUGGUGUCAUGAUAUUGGCCGUGAGCAAGCUGCAAAUAAGCCUCUCCUAAAGACUGUUUUCCAAGUGAUGAUGCGAUUGUUUAGUCCACGUAAAACAACUCUGAUGUUUGUAAUCCGUGAUAAGACAAGGACGCCAUUGGAGAAUUUAGAACCAGUGCUUAGAGAAGACAUUCAGAAGAUAUGGGACUCUGUUCCUAAGCCUGAAGCCCACAAGGAAACUCCAUUAAGUGAAUUUUUCAAUGUUGAGGUUGUUGCUCUUUCAAGUUAUGAAGAAAAGGAAGAACAAUUUAAAGAGCAGGUUGCUAGCUUGAGGCAGAGAUUCUUUCAUUCUAUUGCACCUGGCGGUCUUGCUGGUGACCGACGGGGAGUAGUUCCUGCUUCAGGGUUUUCUUUCAGUGCACAACAGAUAUGGAAAGUCAUCAAAGAAAACAAAGAUCUUGAUCUUCCGGCUCACAAGGUCAUGGUGGCUACUGUACGUUGUGAAGAGAUUGCCAAUGAGAAGUAUGCUGAUUUUUCAGGAAAUGAGGAGUGGAGUCAGUUGGAAGAGGCUGUUCAAUCUGGUCCUAUCUCUGGCUUCGGGAAGAAGCUCAGUUCAAUCCUUGAUACUUGUCUAUCAGCGUAUGAUGCAGAGGCUACAUAUUUUGAUGAAGGUGUCAGAACUGGGAAACGCAAUCAGCUUGAAGAAAAAUUGCUGCAACUUGUCCAACCUGCGUUCCAAGCUUUGCUGGGACAUAUAAGAUCUGGUUCUCUGGAUAAGUUCAAGGAAGCAUUUGAUAAGGCCUUGAAUGGUGGGGAGGCAUUUUCAGUGGCUGCUUGCAAUUGCUCUGAGUCAUUUAUGGCUCUAUUUGAUGAAGGAUGUGCAGACGCUGUUAUCACACAAGCAAACUGGGACACAUCUAAAGUAAGGGACAAACUUAAACGCGAUAUAGAAGCCCAUAUUGCUUCAGUUCGUGCUGCCAAGCUAGCUGAACUUACUGCACUUUAUGAGGCAAAAUUGAAGGAGGCCUUAUCAGGACCGGUGGAAGCCCUUCUAGAUGGAGCUAAUAGUGAAACCUGGCCUGCAAUAAGAAAACUUUUCCGGCAUGAGACAGAAUCAGCCGUCUCUGGGCUCUCUAGUGCACUUUCGGGUUUUGAUAUGGAUGAACAAUCCAAGGGAAAAUUACUUUCAAGUCUGGAGGCAUAUGCAAGAGGUGUGGUAGAAGCUAAAACAAAGGAAGAGGCUGGAAGGGUUUUGAUCCGUAUGAAGGACAGGUUUACAACAUUAUUUAGCCAUGAUUCUGAUUCAAUGCCACGUGUUUGGACUGGGAAGGAAGACAUUAGAGCAAUCACCAAAACUGCCCGUUCUUCAUCCUUAAAAUUGCUCUCUGUUAUGGCCGCAAUCCGUUUGGAUGAUGGUGAUGCUGAUAAUAUUGAGAAUACUUUAUCCCUUGCCUUGGUGGAUUCCACAAAUGUUGCUGCUAAAGAUAGGAGUAUCACAACAGCUGAUCCACUGGCUUCAAGCACUUGGCACGAGGUUUCCUCCUCUAAAACAUUGAUCACACCUGUCCAAUGCAAAUCUUUGUGGAGGCAAUUCAGGGCAGAGACUGAGUACAGUGUUUCUCAGGCUAUUUCUGCACAGGAAGCUAACAAGCGUAAUAACAACUGGUUACCACCUCCUUGGGCAAUUGUUGCCUUGAUUGUCCUGGGAUUCAAUGAAUUUAUGACACUUUUAAGAAAUCCUUUGUAUCUGGGUGUCAUCUUUGUUGGCUUUUUACUAGUUAAAGCCCUAUGGGUGCAGCUAGAUGUCGCGGGUGAAUUCCGCAAUGGUGUUCUUCCCGGACUUAUUUCUUUGUCCAGCAAACUUGUUCCAACUAUCAUGAACAUGAUUAAAAGACUAGCAGACGAAGGGGCAAAUGCUGCAGCUAAUGAUCCUCAUCGGAACCCUCCACUAGCAUCAAAAAACUUUACGAAUGAAGGGAAUGCUAGCAGUGAAAUGUCAUCCAGUGCCUCAUCUGGACUGACAGAAUCUGACUACUCCAGCCCCUCAAAACAAGACUAG